AUGCAGAACACCUCGCAGAACAUGGGCGACAACCAACGCAACGGCCAUACAUCGCAAGGAGGCCAGGGUGGCCAGGGCACAGGGAACCCCCCUGCGUCCUCCCCAACCUCGCCCAAUGCGGAUGGACAGGCUGGCCAGAAUCCCGAGCUCCAGGCGGUCAACGAGCUGCUGUCGACGAUGAAACUCACGCUCACGACGCUCGGGAGCACGUUCGACUCGCUCGGUAAGCAGACCGUGAGCGUCGCGUCCUUGUGCCCUCGGAUCGAAGCUGCGCGAGAGAUCCACCAGACCGGCGAGCAGCUCAAGGAGAGACAGAAGAAGCAAGACGAUCGCAUGAAGGAGCUCCAGGAGGCCCUCGCCGCGAACGUGAAGGAGCAGCGCGAGAAGUGGCUGAACGCCAGAGUGAACGGCAUCGUGGCGGAGAUCGUGCGCAAGGAGCUCAACGUCCAGAUCCCGAACGAGCUCAAAAACGAGGUCAACGAGUACAAGCGGCGCAUCCUCCAGGUCAAGAUCCAGCUGCACAAUUCUGACGCUAAGAGAAGGAACUCGUUGCUGCACUCACCCUCGCACGCCGGCGACGAGCAGCUCCACUACCUCCUACCGCCGCUCGCCGCAGGAGUGCUCGAGCUUCCCAAGUGCCCCGCUUUCUUCCCUUCGCGUUUCAACGGCCUCUUCAAGCUCACCACCAAGAGCUCCUCUCGCUCCUACAAGCCGAGCCCGCUCUCGCCGGGCGGGGCCGUACGCGAGGAGAACCUGAACCGGUUCAUGGAGUUCAUCGGGAUCGGAUUGCUCGCAUUGUCUACGUCCGCAGAAAGCGGUGAGACCUUUCUAAAGAGCCCCGUAGUGACCAGGCGCCCCGGGUGGCCGUUCUAA